AUGAGCCCUGUUGGCCGCAAUGCGCCGCUAUCUCCUAUAUCUGUAGGUGGAAGCGAGUGGUCACUAUCCAAAUACCCUUUUCGCGAAGAAGGCGGUCCUUAUCCCAACGGUCGUGGUAACCUGGCGUCUCCCCCUAACUCGGGAGGCUCCAUCGGAACCAUGAGUAUGAAUGGCUUCCCUUCGGGGCCACGGAGUACAGGAGGUCCCUCACCGCCGCCAUCGGUUGGCCGAUCGAGCACUGGUACGAACCUCUUUGGAGGAAGCGAUGGAGGCGGCAAUGGUACGCGAGGCGGCGAACUGGACGAGUCCGUCCUGAGCGAACAUUACAUGGCCUUGAGGGCGUUUCUGAAUGCCAGGGACAACAACGCGAGGCAACAACCAAACAAGGCGCGCGAUAAACUACUACGCCUGUCCUCGGUACAAUUCUUCGAGCUCAGUACAGAUGUAUUCGACGAAUUGAUGCGUCGGCAGGCAAUGGCUAGGGCUGGUGGACCUAAUGCGCCAAACGGCCCUCCGCAAUUCCUUUUGCCGGAAAAGACAUUUCACCCAAAGAGAAACCAAGCUCGCCAGCGACUCUCCUCGUUGGGCCCUCCACGGUUCCGAGAUCUUGCCGCCGACGUAUAUCAUGAGUUGGAGAGACGAUUUCCUUCGUUCAUUGCGCGGGAUAUUCCUCGAGGAGGCAGCUCCAUGUCGAUGCGCGGUGGUCCAAUGAACCGAACUGGAACUCCUGCUAAUGGCAUGUUUCCUCCCAGAGGUCAAAGUCGCAUGCGAAGGCCGUCCGAUGCCAGCUCAAUUCGUGGGGCGCCGUCGGCUCCAGAUCUCUAUAAUAUCCCCCCUUCACCUAACUUACCCAGUGGCGAAUACGGACGGCCGAUGCCAAAACAACUUAAUCAAAAUAAUACCAUUGUUCCCAACAAAAGUACCAUGUUGGAGGAAGAUGACGAAGCAGCGUCAGCUUCAGAGGCGGACAAGAAGCUCAUGGAAGACUACCAGAAUCAAAUCAGAGAACUCCAGGACAAAUUAGCUGACAUGGAAGACGCUAUGAAGAAGAAAGAAGAUGAGAUGAAUAGCGCGCUCGACAACGAGCGUUCGCGGGCUACGGCGACGAACUUGGAAAAGGAGGAGUGGGCAGAUCUCAGGCUGGAUCUUGAGAAUAAACUUGCUGAAGCCCAGGAUCUGAACAAGUCGAUGAAGGAAGAAUUAGACCGCAUGCGAGCCGAACAGGAACAAAAAGUCCCCAUCAACUCGGUUUCCGCUCUGCAGCAAGAAAACGACGAGCUACGAGAGUCAUUGCGACAGCAGGAGCAAGUAAACGAGGAAGUCCGCCGAGAAGCACAAGAAUUUCUCAAGGAGAUGAGAGUCCUUUCACAGCAAAGUGCUGCGACUUACGAUAACCAGCUCGAAUUGGAAAAGGCAAACGAGGAAUUAGAACGCGAUGUGCGCCUUUGGAGAAAUCGUUAUGCUCGCUCCAAGACAAUGCAAGGCGGAUUGCGGGCUUCAACACAUGGCAUGUCCCUAGAACACGACGCUGGAAAACACGUACGGCACAAGGAAUUUGUUGCCGACGAUGGCGUUAUCAAGGAUUUUCUUGUCACCCAAUUCCAAAUUUCCAUUGACGAACUGCUCCAAGCCGCACACCAAGAAACUCCCGAGAAGGCCCUUGAUUCAAUGAACAGGGUUGUGGUCAGCGUGCGUCAAAUCACGAAAGCCUUGGACAAGUCAACACCUCAUGAUGACGACAUUCAGCGACAGGGAAAGCUGAGGUCGAGAGUUGCAGCCACAGCCAAUGCUCUCAUAACCGCCUGCAGGAACUACGAAGCCGGAGCGGGAUUAUCUCCUGUAUCCCUAUUGGAUGCCGCUGCUUCUAACCUCACCGCAGCCGUUGUUGAGCUUCUUCGCCUUGUCAAGAUCAAACCGACACCUCCUGGCGAGCUUGAGGAAGAAGAAGACGGGAUUAUAACUCCUGUCGACUCUGCUAGCUUCUUCUCACCUGGAAGCACUACCCAGACUUCAAACCAGGAGAGCCUACCGCCGCCGCCGCCUUUUCAAGGCCUGGGUGGGGCGGGUGCCCGUGCAAGCGCUGAAUCAUCGGCAUACAGCCCGAUCAGCUCCCCAAGAGAGUCGGUUGACCCAUUUCCUGUAAAUGGAUUGAAUGGUAUGGUAAACGGCGGAGGCUAUAUGGGCCUCGUCAAGGGUUCCAACGGAUAUCACGACAGUCGAGCCGAUGAUCUCAAGGUCUAUUUAGAUGACCAAACGGCUGUCCUAGUCUCGGAUGUACAAAAUCUUGUCAGCUACGUGCGCGGAAAUGCCGAAAUGGGGCAAAUCACAAGUGAAGUUUUGACGAUUGAUGCGAUUGUUGGCAAAAUUCUGGGCGAAACCACGUCCUCUGGCUACGGUAGCAUGACGACCAGACUGGCAGCAGUUCGCGACCGGCUUAUGGAAGCCAAUGAAAGAGGGCGAGACCUGGCGCAGUCCGCUGCCGGGCAGGACGACCACCCGCGGCGAACGUGGACACAAACACUGCCUCCGAUUGCAUUUGAGAUUGCCCGUGAAACCAAGGAACUUGUUCAGAGAAUUGGUGGGCUCAGUUCAUCUGGAGAUGUCGAUGAAUUUUCCUGA